ACUUUCAAUUUCAGUUCUAUCACACCAUGUGCGGUAGAAAUGACUAGUAUCCUCAGUCUGUUUUAGCUUUUAUAAAGGAGGGACAGAGGUGGAAGGAGCAAGUGAGCAAGGGGUGAGAGGCAAUUCAGAACUGUCUUGGACCCGUGGUGCCGUGGAACAGGGAUGCUCUUCUAGGUUGGUGGGUUGCCAUGGCAUCUGGACCUGACGUGAUGGCUCCCAUUUGUCUGGUGGAAAACAACAAUGAGAAGCUGUCAGUGAACCAGAAAGCUAUAGAGAUUCUUGACAAAAUUUCUCAACCAGUGGUGGUGGUGGCCAUUGUAGGGCUGUAUCGUACAGGCAAAUCCUAUUUGAUGAACCGUCUUGCAGGCCAGAAUGAUGGUUUCCCUCUGGGCUCUACUGUGCAGUCUGAAACCAAGGGUAUCUGGAUGUGGUGUGUGCCUCACCCCUUUAAGCCUGACUGUACCCUGGUCCUUCUGGAUACUGAGGGCCUAGGGGAUGUGGAAAAGGGCGACCCUAAGAAUGACUCGUGGAUCUUUGCCCUGGCCGUGCUUCUGUGUAGCAGCUUUGUCUACAACAGCAUGAGCACCAUCAACCACCAGGCCCUGGAGCAGCUGCAUUAUGUGACAGAACUCACAGAACUUAUAAGGACAAAGUCCUCCCCUGGGUCAGAUGAAAUAGAAGAUUCCACAGAGUUUGUGAGUUUCUUUCCAGACUUUAUCUGGACUGUACGGGAUUUCACCCUGGAGCUGAAGUUAAAUGGUCGCCAUAUCACAGAAGAUGAGUACCUGGAGAAUGCCUUGAAGCUGAUUCAAGGCAAGAAUCCCAAAGUCCAAGCAUCCAAUCUACCCAGAGAGUGCAUCAGGCAUUUCUUUCCAAAACGCAAGUGCUUUGUCUUUGACCGGCCAACAAAUGACAAAGUACUCCUAGCCAAUAUUGAUAAUGUGUUAGAAAACCAACUGGAUCCUAAAUUCCAGGAACAAACAAACAAUUUCUGUUGCUACAUCUUCACUUCUGCAAGGACCAAGACUCUGAGAGAGGGAAUCACGGUCACAGGGAAACGGCUGAGCACUCUGGUGGUGACCUACGUGGAUAGCAUCAAUAGUGGAGCAGUGCCUUGUCUGGAGAACGCAGUGAGAACUCUGGCCCAGCUUGAGAACUCAGCGGCCGUGCAGAAGGCAGCUGACCACUACAGUGAGCAGAUGGCCCAGCAAGUGAACUUGCCCACAGACACGCUCCAAGAGUUGCUGGACCUGCACGCAGCCUGUGAGAGAGAUGCCAUUGCAGUUUUCAUGGAGCACUCCUUCAAGGAUGAAAACCAGGUGUUCCAGAAGAACCUCGUGGAAAUCAUAAAGAAUAAGAAGGAGGGUUUCUUGAGGCGGAAUGAAGAGGCAUCUGUUAAAUACUGCCAGGCUAAACUUGAUGAGCUUUCAAAGGCCCUAAUGGAAAGCAUUUCAACAGGAAUAUUCUCUGUUCCUGGGGGACACAAGCUCUACACGGAAACAAAAGAAAGCAUUGAACAGGACUAUCAGCAAGUGCCCAGGAAAGGAGUGAAGGCGAACGAGGUCCUCCAGAGCUUCCUGCAGUCGCAGGUGGCAAUAGAGAACUCCAUCCUGCAGGCAGAUAAAGCCCUCACUGAAGGAGAGAAGGCUGCAGCAGUGGAGCGGGCCAAGAAGGAGGCAGCUGAGAAGGAACAGGAGCUGCUAAGACAGAAACUACAGGAGCAGGAGCAGCAGAUGGAGGCGCAAAAGAGGAGUCUCCAGGAAAACAUAGUCCAACUGAGAGCGAAGCUGGAGAGGGAAAGAGAAAACUUACUGAGAGAACAAAAGAUGAUGUUGGAACAUAAACUGAAGGUCCAAGAGAGUCUGCUUAAUGAACAAUUUAGAAAGAAAGCUGAAGAGAUGAAUGCAGAGAUAAAUCACCUGAAAAAUCUGACUGAUAGUACUAAAAAUGAUGAAACCCCCUGGAUUGCACGAACCUUGGACAAACUUGGUGAUGAAAUCACUUCAAUAUUGUCUGCUCCUGCCAAACUUCUUGGUAGUGCUGUGAAAGGCUUGGGCUCACUAUUGAAGAAGUAGCUCUCUUUUUAAAGAAAUUAUACAGUGUGGAUAUAUGCUCUGGCCUAUUUUUGGUUGUG